UAUGUCAACUCCUGAUCAAAAUACAAGCAAAACAACAAAUACGCAAACAUUUAACACAUUAAAAACACUGGCUUAAGAACACACGUUUGUAACACUGUAUUCAAACCAUUAAUAACAGAUUGUUAAAAUAACGGAUGUCCUUGAACUGCACACCAUCAUGGAAACACCCAUCUCCUGCAUCAGAUUUGUUUGAAGGAGGCGGUUUUUGUACCUUUUUAGUGCCGCCCUGCUCUUUCAUGUGAGUACAGGUGGAGCGAGCUUCUCUCACCUGCAGCUUGACUCCCUCUCUCUUCACUGGAUUGAGCGUCACGCGGACACAAAGCUGUCAGGCGGGAAGACUGGAGAAAGGCCACUCAGUUUCUGUCCAAAGCAAACCAUUUAACUCCUUACAAAACCGAGAAAUGAAAGUUGACAGCGCAAAUGAUGAGAACACCGGAGAAGAUGUCAUAUUUAACACUGGACCACACAUGAUCAUGAUGUUUGCAGACCUGUGUGGUACCACUGACUGAUCCAUAGAGGUCCGUUUCCUGUAUUGUGAACAAGGAGGAUUUUGGACCAACAGCCCACCAAGGUAAGCUUGCAGCGAUGUUGACGUACCGUGCCUUGCUUGUCGUAGGGGCAUUACUCGCCUUCGCGGGCCAAAGUCACAGUUGGAGACCCUGCACAGACCUACUGCCUCUUGACCUCCUGGCAAGAGUGUUGCCCCAACCAGGACAAGCCACGUCCACUCAGGUGCAGGUGGUACAGUCCCGGGGGUCCAGAGGUCUUCGCUUGGCUGGUGCUAUGACGACGUCGCUGAGUUUUCCUGCCUCUCAAAUCUUCACCAACUGUGAUUUCUUCCCUGCUGAGUACUCUUUGGUCACUACUUUCAAGAUGCCCAGGCUAAAAGAGAAGAGAAACGAGUACAUCUUCUCUAUGGUGGGGGAGAAGGCAGACCCACUGUUGCUAGGAUUACGUGUUUCACAGAAUGGGGUCCAUUUAUUGGUCAAUUAUCCUAGCACCGGUAGACGCAGUCGGAUAAGCUUCCACGAGGUGCGUUUGGACAACAACCGCUGGCACACAAUGGUGUUGGCCGUCACUGGACUGCACGUGGCUCUCACCAUCGAUUGUGGACUGACUCUGGAGCUUACACAGGCCCAUCCUUUCCCUGCCGCCUUAAGCACCAGAGGGUCCAGGGUCUUUAUUGGCAACCGAAGGAGAAGAACUGGACGCUUCUCUGGUUUGCUACGUCAGCUGGUUCUACUGCCGGGUUCAGAUGCCACUUCUAGGCUGUGUCCAAGCUCAGACCCCCACUUGGCCGAGCUUGUUGUCCCCCAGGUCCUUAUGUCGACACCCCUCAGGUUGGACUGGCCUGGUCCAGUUUACCCGUACGAGGCGGGGGCGACAGUGACGUCAGGGAGUCGUCCGCCAUGUUCCCGAGCAGAAGAAGGUCAGCUGUGGUUUGAUGUCCCGAGGAAAAGUGUCCUCAUGUGUAAUGGCGUUACCUGGAAAAGCUUUUUCGGUGUUUCUGAGCGUUUGGACUACGUGGAGGAUUUCCAAGACUUGUUCACAUUCUCCGAAACCUUCGACAUUGAAGUCUUCUCCAUACCAUCUGCAGGCCUCUUCUUGGCUGCUGCCAACAGGGACUCUGGGCCCGGCUCGGGUAUCUACAGGUGGACCAACGGGUCUUUUGGGCUUUACCAGAACAUCAGCACUCAGGAGGCUCGAGCUUGGAAACAUUUCAGCAUCAACGGUCAGUCUUUCCUCGUGGUGGCCAACUCAAGGGAGGUGGAGCCGGAGCUGUCCGUGAUCUAUCGGUGGAAUGGGCGGCGGGGGCGUUUUGUGCGCCAUCAGACAUUGGAGACCCACGCAGCUGUUGACUGGGAGGCCUUUCACAUGCACAACCACAGCUUUCUGGUGGUAGCCAAUCACAGACGAGCCAGAGACUCAAAUCACAACAUCAACAGUGUCAUCUACAGGUGGAACCCAAAGUCCAAGCUCUUUGAGGUCAACCAGACCCUUUCCACGUCAGGAGCGUACGACUGGGAGUUCUUCACCAUCGGACCGUACCACUUCCUCGUGGUCGCCAACACUUUCAAUGGUCAGACCACCGCCAUUCUCUCCACCAUUUACGUCUGGCUGGACGGAUGUUUCCAGUCAUUCCAGAACAUCCCGACGCUGGGUGCUACAGACUGGGAGACAUUUGAGAUAGACGGCAGGUUCUUCCUGGCUGUUGCCAAUAGUCAGAAGGUGUCCGUGCGCAGCCCGAGUCUCUACAGCAUCAACUCCACCGUGUAUGAGCUCAGCACCAUCAGCUGGACCUUCAUUCGCUUCCAAGAUAUCCUCACCCACAGCGCACUGGACUGGGAGUUCUUCACUGUGGGACAGGAGAAGUUCUUGGUAGUGGCCAACUCUCAUGAUGGCAGGUCAUACACUUUGAACAGCGUAGUCUACAGGUGGCAGGGCUUUGAGGGAUUUGUUCCUGUCCACAGCCUACUCACGUUCGGCUGCAGGGAUUGGGAACACUUCAUUACAGACAGAGGCUCAUUCUUGGUCUACUCCAGUGCCACCUCCAGGCUCAGCAAGGUGUUCAAACUCAGGACUUACUGACUCCCUCCUGAUCUUGAGAACUCGUCCCAGACCAUCCAUCCGUCUUCGACAGCUUGUCCUGUACAGGGUUGCAGGUGACCUUUCCUAGCGCACUGUUAUCCAAAGGCGGACUACGCCCUAGACUGGAUGCCAGUCUGUCAGGGAACAUGUAGAGACAGACAACCAUUCACACUUUCAGUCACAGAGUCUGAGAAGGAACUGAUCCUACUACUCUAUCAGUGACAAUUUCCAGCUCUCACUCAAAACCAAUAUAAGCGCUAAGCUAUCCCCGGUUAUCUCACUUUUGAACAUGCCUAAAACAUUGUAGCUAAUGCCUGGAUUAUAUCCUCUCUGGCGCCGUCUUCAUCUUUUUACAUAUUUUAUCAGGGUUGAGAGAGUGUCGUGCAAUUGUUCACCAAAACCCUCUGUUUUCUGGAGAGUUUGGUGAGCAACCAUGACACUCGUCACCUGUUUAGCUUGUUAGCUACCUUCGUCAUAAGCAAUUAGUAGUUAUUAAAUAUUAAUGGAGAAUUUUAUUGGAGUGAGAACUAAUUGAUAUGUUACAACUGUCACUUCCGUUGCAGAUGUUAACCCAAAAUUGAAGGACAAGGCGUUUGCAAAGUUGAGCCACUUCCCCUGUGAACGAGUCACACAGGAAAUAUUGUUCUAAACGCCGACCGAUAACAGAGACACGGUUAUAUAUUUUUUUGAGGUGCUUGUCAAUCUACUCAGGAGGGUUUAGUAGGGAGCGUAUUAGCACAAACCAGUUUAAGCUUGAAUUUGUGUUAUUGGUAAAUAGUAACAUUUUUCAGACCACAAACUGCCUUUUAGCAAUGCUAAGAGCUCACUAGUAGCAGCAAUAACUAUUUAUAUCUAUAUAUAUAUUUUAGCUAGAAGGUAAGAUGUUAAUUUGUGUCUUUAUUAUGAAAGCUUUUUUUGAUACGAAUUUUGUGAAAUUAAUUUUAAAAUUAAUUACUAGAAUGUGUGUAUUUAAAAAUUCAAUGUACAAAACUUCACGGUUUUAAAAUUCAGUGUAAAAAAAAAUCACGGAAAAACAAUUCAGUGUUGAAAAAUGUGUUCCUUUAAAACGCAAGAUCCACUUCCAGUAAAUUACAACUGAAGCAAUCGGUCCUGUCUCAAAACCCGCCAAUGUCACGUGACAUCGGUUUUAAGAAGAGGCAGGUUUUGCAGUGCUAUAUGCCGUGAAAGUUGCUAUGCAUUAGUGAAAAGAAUUCCAAGACUCCGCAAAAAAAGAUAAAAGCUGAUCGCAUGAUGGUACAAACACUCACACAAUAAUGACUGAUACUAAAACUUUAUAACAGACCGUCUUAAAAACGGAGUGAAUUUCAUUUUUUUACUGAAUGUACACAAAAAUACAGCGUGUGGGAUUUACAAUAUUAUCUAUGAACAAUAAAACACUAAAUAUUGAAAAUAUAUAUACGUUGCCCUUCUACUGCAGUCCACCUCCUUGAGCGACAUCUUUUGUAAUCGAGCAAGAAAAAUAAACACGGCGAAACAUAAACCCAAAGGGUCAAAUAAUACAUCCACAUACUUGAUAUGUCACUUUUCUGCAGAACUUUAUUGUAGACAUCUGUCCUCGUUUGACACUCGCGUCUCAGGCUUGUGACUGUGUAAACCAGCCGCGCCUCCUCUGUCCCAUGGUUCGUUUGCAUGGAGAAUAGCCUCCUAUGGUUACCGUAGUAACCCGUAUGUCACUCAAAAGUGCAGAGUAGUAACCCGUAUGUCACUCAAAAGUGCAGAUUCUAACCACUGGAAUCAUUUCUAUUGUUUGGAAACAUCCGGCAGGCCAUGUUGAAAUGUUUAUGAUCUUGUAUUAUUCCCAAGUAGCCCAGGUAACUGCUUUUUUAAUGCUUUUUUUGUAAGUCCUGUGUUGUGUGACAUCAAACCUUACACCUCAUUGGCUGCUUCUGAGACAAGAUCAAUAGAUUCAGUCUUAAUUUGCCGGAAGUUGGUCUUGCGUUUUGAAGCAGCAAAUUUUUUUAGCUUUGAAUUUUUUUACACUGCAUUUUUAAAAAGACUCAUUUUGCAAAAAAAAAAGUUUCCAGGAAAUUGUUAGUAUUAUUUGAUGUUAAAAAAAAAAUAUUGCAAAGAAAUUCAGUGUCAAAACAACCUUUCUCAAUAAAGACACAUGUUAACCUUCAAUGAAGGGCUGUGAUGCUGAUUAUGGAACUAGGAUGCUAAUGCUGCAUCCACAAAACUACCUCCCACCAAGUGUCGGACAAACUUAAUUUAUUUUCAUAAUGUGUAAAAUCAGUUACUAAUGUACAAAACAUACAUUAAAUAAAUGUUUAUUAUUUAUUUAAUACUGUAUACUCAACACAUCAUGGAGUCAUAAUGUGUAAAAUCCAUUACUAAUGUAAAAAACAUACAUUAAAUAAAUGUUUAUUGUUUAUAUUAUACUGUAUACUCAACACAUCAUGGAGUGUUAUUCUCUUUUUCUGUAUUCGCUAAGCCUGUUUUGUUAAGAAAUGUUUAUCUUAUACUCUGCCUUCAAUGGAAUUGAAAUGUUUCAAAAUUGA